CCACACAGAUCAGGGAUGGGGCCAGGGGUCUCAUGCUGUCCCCACAGGCCCAGUGUGUGCCGGGACAGGGACAGGGACAUGGGGACGGGCCGGGGGUCUGACGCUGUCCCCACAGGUCCGGUGUGUGCAGGAGUCGUGGGGCUGAAGAUGCCGCGGUACUGCCUGUUCGGGGACACGGUGAACACGGCGUCACGGAUGGAGUCCAACGGGGAAGCCCUGAAGAUCCAUAUCUCGGGGGUGACCAAGGCGGUGCUGGAGGAAUUCGGGUGCUUCGAGCUGGAGCUCAGGGGGGACGUGGAGAUGAAGGGUAAGGGGAAGCUCAGGACCUACUGGCUCCUGGGGGAGCGUGGGAGCAGCAUACGGGGGUGACCCCCCUCGCACCCCAAAAACACCACUCGGACCCCCAGCCACGGCCUCCCCCUCUGGCCGGG